AUGGGUUUCUCUCAGCAGUGGUGUAAUUGGGUUAAAGGCGUGCUUGUUUCAGCUAGGUCUUCGGUUCUAGUCAAUGGGUCGCCAGCGUUCGAGUUCCAAUGUCAUAAAGGGAUCCGGCAAGGUGAUCCUCUUUUGCUAUUCCUGUUUCUUAUCGUCAUGGAAGUGUUCUCGUGUAUGGUUAAUAAAGCUUGUGAUACGGGGAAUUUUGAGGGGAUUCGUCUUCCUAACGGGGGCCUGGUGAUUUCUCACCUCCUAUAUGCGGACGACGCGUUGAUUAUCGGCGAAUGGGAGAAGGAGAACGUUAAAGUAGUGGCCAGAAUUCUAAGGGUUUUUUACGCGUGUUCCGGCUUGAAAAUUAAUUUCCACAAAUCGAACCUGAACCUGUUUGGUGUAGGAGUGGAAGAAGAGGAGAGUUCCUAA